AUUCAUCCCUCCCAUCGACAUCGCAUCUAUCAUCUAUCUUCGCGCUCUGGUCUCCUACCUGGUCGCUCGCUCGCCAUGAACAAGCUCGCAGCAUUUCUGAGGCCCACGCCUCCCCCACCUCCUCCUCCUCCAUCUCCUGUCAGCAUGCUCGUCCAUCCCUACACUCUGGUUGCGGCGGGCGCCCUGCUCCUCGCCUCGAUCUGUUAUCUCCUCUUCGUACCCCCCGCCAAGCUUCACAGCAACUUCAACUCCGUUCCUGUCAUCAAAAGUCGUUUUCCCGGCUUAGGAGCUGUGGGCUUCUUUGCCAAUCGCUACACCUUCCUCUCUCGCUCAACAACGACAGACCCACGUCAUCCGCACCACGGCAUCUACAAGUUCUCCCUGCUAGGCAAGGUAGUCUACCACGUCGGGUCCACAUCCGAAUCCGUCAUGCGCUCCAUCACCACGAACAAGGACCUCUCCUUUUCCGGCGGUAACAACUUUCUCUUCGCCGGCAUCGCUGGCGCGGGACAAAAGGGCGGAGACGCGCAGGGCAAGAUCGACGCAGAAGAGAGAAAGGAGAUGAUGGCUAUCGCGAAAGCCAUCAGCCCUCAAAGGCUGGCACUGAUGCGAUCUGCGCUCACGCACGAUGCAUUGGAGGCGUACGAGGGGUGGCUCAAUGGGGGCGAAUCGGCCCUCGUCGACCUGCAGAAGGGCUAUUAUCCACUCAUCUUCCGUUUCACCGUCCGUCUCAUGGGCAUGGCAGAGUACGCCUCCCAGCCAGCCACGCUCGCCAAGCUCCAAACUGGCUUCUGGCAGACACAGCGCAACAGCGGGUAUUGGACGACACUUCUUCCCUGGAUCCCGCAGCCGCGCUUGCUGACCCGAUUGUGCGGCGCUCUCACGCUUUGGAAGAUGGUCCGGACUGACGUGCGCAAGCGUAUCAAGGAGGGAAGGAAGGAGGAGGACUUUGCACAGAACCUCAUCGAUGCGCGGGAUAUGGGCGUGGAUAAGAUUGCGCGAUGGGUCAUCGGAGCGUUACUGGCGGGGAUAUUGAACACGAUUGGAACCGGGGCGUACACCAUUGCAUUUCUGGGCGCUUCACCUGAAUUGCGCGCUGCUUGCCGCGAGGAGGUGGAGCGUACUCUACGCGCCAGUGCCGAAGCUCGUGGCGAUGAGUACGAGGAGUUGAGCUUGCACGAGCGCCUCGCCCGCGUGGAGCUGAGCGAGUGGGAAGAGGGUUUUGAGCUCUUGCACCUCUGCUUCAAAGAGGCGAUCAGGCUGCUCCUGACCAACUCGCUCAACCGCUACUACCCAGGGCCGAGCAAGGGGAGCCCGCGCUUGGUCAUCGAUGGGCACCCAAUCGAGGAUGACGUGUACGUAACCUUUUCUCCCCCCUCGAACCUGCACGACGCCGAUUCCUUCAGCAACCCCUUCCACUUCGAUCCCUAUCGCUACCAGCGCGGCGAAGGGUCCACCGACUACUCGUACAUCGCCUGGGGCGCCGGGAGGCACAAGUGCACAGGUAUGCGCUUCGCCAAGCUGGAGACCAUCGUAGCUCUCGCUACCUUGCUGGCAUACAGCGACGACUUUACGACUGUGGACGAGCGCGGCGAGGCGUACGGACUCGACAAUGUGCCACUGCCUGAUUUGAGCCAAAGCCAUUGGAGGGAGCCGACGCGAUAUAUGCGAGUGAGGGUAGAGAGGAAGAAGGGGGGCGAGAAGAAGGGGCGCGUCUUCUAGCAGCGCUCGCCAUUGAUGGCGUCGUUGUCCUUCUCAAUCUUUUGUCUUGCAAUAAUGCUAUACCCCUGUGGAUCUCCCUCGCUGCUCUAGCUCGCCGCCAAGACGCUGCCCACCUCACGGUCGAACCCUUG